AUGCCUGUCACGGGAUCUGGCACCCCUCCCUCUGUGCCUCCCAGCACGCCACAGCCCUCGCCUUUGGACACCCCACUUACACCUUCACCCGCUGACUCGUCACUGACCACACCGUCACCUGACGCAACAUCUGGUACACCUCCCACCACACCUGGCAACAUGGCAGGGCCUACGUCUGCAGACAUGCCGCCAGCAACGUCUUCAGCCACGGGACCAUCCCAGCCGACACCGUCGUCCGACACGCCCUGCACUGCCCCUACUGUGACUGCCAGCACAGCACAGCCCACACCUCCGGACGUGCCAACAACGCCCUCACUGACGUCCCCUUUGCCCAGCACGACUGCUCUCUCCACUGCCAGCGAGUAUUCCAGCCCGCUGGAAAUCGUUCCAGACCCCAGUGACUGCUCCAGCUACUACGAGUGUCUGCCAACGAAUAAGUGGACACACAUCGAAUGCAUUUAUGGAUAUUACUUCAAUCGAGAUGAGGAGAAGUGCCUUUAUGGUUCUUGCCCUUACACUUCAUGGUGA